AUGGCUCGACCCCUUGAUUCAGAUUCAGACAGCGAUAUAGCUGACCGUUCCGGUGUUAUCGUCCUCACUCCCUCCAACUCGUCUGCAUCCAGCAGCAAAUAUGGAACCCUCAUGGAUCAGUGGAACGAUUACUUCAAGAAAGGCACCCUGCAAGACUUCCAGCGACUUUGUGCCGAUCUAGGCCUACCGAGUGAUCUUCCCAGCAAGACUAAAUGCCGAGACGCGCUCAAGAGCAUCAACGUCAACAUCAAGCAGUUUCUGCACUGUGAAAACAAGCCCGAUGAUGUCGAGCUCUUCAAGAGCAGGAGGGAACUUAUUCGCUGGACGCGCAAGCAGAAUGCUUUCCUCCCAAAACGCAAGCUGCCCAAGGGCAGUCCGCUUCGGACACUGUUGAAGCAAAUGUUCAACUGA